AUGUCCUCACAACAACAACAACAACAACCACCACCAAGAUUUAAAAGACAGAGGUCUAAAACUGGAUGUAAAAAUUGUCGUUUGAGAAAAAGAAAAUGUGAUGAGAUCCACCCCACUUGUACUUUUUGUCAUAGUAGAGGCUUGAUCUGUGAAUAUGAAAUAAAAAUACUAAAUCCAACAUCAUUCAAACCAUCUAAGAGAACCAAGAGAGUGCAGAAACCACUACUGGUGUCAUGCUCUGAUUUAAUUCCACUAACAACAGAUUUGCAUUUCCCAGAACCUACAUUUUCCCCUACCCUAAAUACUAAUGCAUUGUCUCCAUUAAUACUUUACUUGGACGAUCAAGGCAUGGACUACAUCAAGCAUUUCGAACAAAUUGCCAGUACACUUUCAUUGAGUCAAUCUACAAACUACAUAAAAAGUACCUUCCUUACUUUAGCAUUUUCUAAUGAAGCUAUUCUGAACUUGUUAGCGGCAUGGGGUGCACUGCAUUAUGGCGAUAGUGAGGAUGUUAACAAGUAUCUCAUGUUAGCAAAGGGCUCUAUAAAAAGUCCUCAUGACCGAUUUGACUAUUUCACUGCUUUUGCGUGUUAUUUGAUCCAAAUGACCAUCUAUAUAAAUACGGGUGAUACUCAAAAUUGGUUUCAGAUGUUCCGUAAAUGUGAAUCAAUGAUACGAGAGUAUGGAGGAUUAAUCAAAUUCAUUACUGACUUCCAAUAUUCAAAUGACUGUAAAUUUCUAAUAUCAAAUUUCCAAUUUUAUGAUGUAAUGUCCAGUGAAUCGCUUGAAAGAGGAACCACAUGUACCAUGGAUAAAUAUUUGAGCUUGUUUAAGGGAAGACGUAUACUUGAUGAAACCUAUGGUGUAGAUCCAUAUCAAGGUUGCUGUCAACCCAUCUAUUUAUUAUUAGGUGAAAUUAUGAACACAUAUGUCGAAUUGAAAAAUGAUAGAAGCAAUAUUAUUAAUUGUAAAAAUGUUGAUGUCAGAGUACAACAUUACAAGAAGGUGAAUGAAAAGGUCGAUCAUCUAAUUCAAAGUAUACACGAUUGCCAACCAACACCAAUACUUGAAGGAGAUGUCUUACAGUUGAAGUUAUUUGAUCUAUGUUGUAUCAUAGGCCGAAUGUAUGUUUUAUUGUACAUCAAACAAACACAACCAAAAUCAAGUGAAAUCCAACUAUUACUACUAGAAGCGAUAUCGAUUAUUGAUGAGUUGAUAUCCACAGAUUUGGCUAGUAAUCUAAGCAUGGCGUUGUUAAUGUGUGGUAUUACAAGUGGUAAUAAAUACGAUAGAAGAAAUAUAGAUGAGAAGUUUAAGAUUGUUUAUGAUAAAUAUCGACAGGGUAAUUUAAAGAGAAUUUGGGAAAUUGUCAAAGAAUCCUGGGAACGUAAUCCUCUGGGGAACAUUUGUAUCGACUGGUUAGAUAUAUGCCAUGACUUUAAUUGGAAGAUAUCCAUGAUUUAA